GCCAUCUUGUAAAUAACAUGGCUUCACGUGUGCAUCGGUUGCUCCGCUGCCUGUACUCAUAGCCGAACUUGCUAGCUAUAACGAACUCAUCGCAAUCGCGGAGCUAAGCACAAUGGCACCACAGACGAGCGAGGAUCAAAGUCAGCAGCAGCAGACGAACUCCGUGUGGUGGUGGCGCAGCGUCAACGUUCGUCAGAGCGCCAUUCGAGCAGUCAUCUACAAUGAGACGGAACUCUUGAGCGCUGCUGUACUCUGCGCCGCAUUGUCGUCCACCAAAGCAUCUCCUUCCACCUCAGAUGCACUUGCUAACGCGCGUGCUGCUCGCGAGUUGGAGAUGCAUGUGCGCAAGUCCCCGCUACCCCACGCGCUGCAGCUUCCGGUGCUCGAAUUCACAACGGACUACGUGCUAGUGGAGUCGGAAGGCGCUGUCAUCUGCGCCAUGCGUGCCACGAGCCCGAGCGACAUUGUGCAAGCUGUGGUGGGCUCGGCUGUGCCAAUAUCGCAGCCGUACAUGCAUCGCUUUGGUGGAUCUCGCGUGCACCCGCCAUUCUGGAAACGCGUACAGCGACUGGAGCUCACCAAACUGUACGAUCGAGCGCAGCGAGUGGGCAAAAUACUACUGCUAUGUGGGCAUUCAAUUGGCGGGAGUACCGCCAAGCUGGCGUUCUGCGAACUAGUGUUUUCCAGUUUGCCGGAGGGCAUGCGAGGGAUUCUUACAAAGCUCGAUGCAGACCAACCGAAAGCUGAUGAUAAAGGCAAAGAGAAACACUUCCGCAAACACAAGAAGCAGAAAAGCGAAUUAGCUGAAUGGAUGAAGAAAGUUGGGAAUAACGACCGCGAAACUGCACUUCAAAAUCUUCCAGUAGCAAUGGCCGUUGGGUUCGGCGCGCCGUACGCUGGUAACGAUGCUCUCACGGCUUUCUUGGAACCGCUAGGGAUGAGUGACCGAGUGGUGACUUUUGUCAACGAGUUCGAUUGCAUCCCCGGAAUUCUCAACAUUGCACACUCGGCUACUAUGCUUGCGAAAACGACCGAGCGGCUGGUGACCAUCGCAAAAGCGACGAAAGCGUUGCUCAACCUGCUGCCAGCACCAGUGCAGCAGCGAAUUGCAGACAUGGCAAAGGGUACUAGUGCAACUGGUGUGCCCAGCGCUACAUCAGCGUACCUGUCAAUGAGUAUUACUAUGCUGCAAAAAUCAUUCGACAAGCUGCGCGAGUUCAACAUCGUGAAGACAGUUGACUAUCGAUAUGCUCCAUGCGGGAGCUAUGUUGUAAUGUCGAAGGAGAGUGCAGAGUUCAACAUUUUCGCGGACCCAAUGCAGAUUCGUAAGGCCCUAGGGGAAGAUGGAGAGGAAGCUACAACUGGUCUCACUGGAAACUCUAUCCUGCAGCACAUGAUGAGUGCCUAUGUGGACGCUAUCGCUAGGCGGUCUAGGUCAAUCCAGAUCAAUGCAACCAUGAAUCAUUAUGAGCGCCUCGGCGUAGCUCGAAACGCGAGUGACCGCGAGAUCCGUAGAUCAUACAGAGCUCUCGCACUUAGAUGGCAUCCCGAUCGACUUGCGCAUGGAUCUCUCACCAAUCAACAAAAAGAAGUGGCGGAGGACAUCUUCAAGCUGUUGGCGGAAUCUUACGAAGUCCUUUCGAAUAAAGAGAGCCGUCUCGCGUAUGAUGCGUACCUGAACAGACCACCAAGUCGUAGAGAAGAGUUUAUGCAGUACGGUACGGUGGAUGGCAUCACACUUGACGAGGCGAUUUCAACCUUCAAGGAUGCCGUCGACAAUAUCUCCAGCCAACUCCACCGCAUGACUGACCGGUUCAGCUUGUCAAGCUCCACUACAGUUGGGCAUCCUUUUCAACACAAUGGGGGCAAGACAUCAGCUACAUCUUCUGCUUCCCGGGGACACUCGACAAGCACAGACAGCAUGCAGACUUCGGCAACCAAUCUUCCUAUAACAACUGAAAGUGGCUCAACUGGCGUCGCUACCGCCCCUGCUUCAACUAGUACUGCUCAGCAGGUGUCAUCUAAUGCUCGGGUUGGAUCAAGUGGAGUCUCGUCAUCGUCGAGCGGAGUUUCUACUUCUACGGCUGAAGCCUCUAAUGCUUUGGGCAGAACGGGCGAGGUGGUGACUAACAAGAACGCAGAGAUCUCCACGCAAUCCGUAGACACACGAGGCAGCAGCGACAGCAUCAGUUCCACUUCAAAGUCGACUAGCACAAGCUUGAAGACAGUCUUAGUUGUUGGAGGAGCUGUGGUUGUCGCUGCCAGUGUGGCGAUCAUCGUUAGUGCGUGGUCCCAGUUCUCGGAGGCUUCUCGGAAGAAACGUCAAGCUGCUGCUGUGCGUGACAUGUCAGGCGAUUGCUUGGUACUGCUUAUGGAAGACCACAAAAGCGCUCAGCAAAGACAAAGCCGCACUCCAAGCAUUCAACUUCUUCAAGAAUCUAAGUCCCGACAGAUCAAGGCAUUCGCAAUUGCGAGCACUUCAGCUAAUGAUGUGAAGCGGGAUUCUGGCGACACUAGUUUGUACCUCGCUAAAGAGGCCCAAAAAGCAAUUGUUGAGUUGACUAAGAAAAAUCAGGAGCAAGAUCAAGAUGACAAACUCAUCGAAGAGUUUUUUGAGUGCGCUACUCAAGACGAAGAUGCCGCUGUUGAGGCAAUGGCCGAGGAAGAGUUUUUCGACUGCGUGGAGAUUUCUCAAGAGGUUGAUCAGCAUUUUGCCAAAAGUCAUGAGAAACUUCGCCAUCCACACGGCAAAGGUAAAAUUUGUGUGAUGUUUCCGCGAGGCUCCAAGGUGAAUACUCCGUUUGGACUUGGGGUGGUUGAGAAUUGGCGGGAGAAUACUGCCGUAGCAGUGAUUCGGUGUGAAGACGAGUCUCUUCGCUAUAUCGACAAGAAGGACAUCACUCGCGGUGCGUCCAUGGCUCGCAAGCUUACAAACAUUGUGGCCGAGGAGAAAAGAACAGAGUUAGCAGAGCGCGUGAUCACGAACUAUGGACUAGAAGAGACCAAGACGGGGGAUCACAUUACCAAUGUGGCGCUUGCCGGUGCUGGAGGUGCUGUCGACAGUGGACUUCGUGCUGCGGGUGGGUUGGCGCUGGCCAACGGAGUGGCAAGAUCGGGAACAGCUCUUGGUGGUAUGGUUGCUGCCCCCUUAGCUGUUGCAUCCAUUCUUGUCGACAUUGGGAAAGAAUUUUACGACUACCGUAAGAAGCACACGGAGCGAAAGGAGCUCGGAGUGCUUUCGUCUACGAGCGAGCGACUGAUGCGACGGGACUUCCGAUUGAGAACUGGCGAGGUGGUUGUAAGCCGCACAACGGCCGCUGCUGGCGCAGGUCUAGGUGCGUAUGGCGUAGCGUCUGCAAUGACGAUGUGGGCAGCGGCCGGUGUUGCUACUGGGCCCAUCGGAAUUGUGGCAGCCACGAGUGCUGCUGUCGUCGGCGGCGUUGCAGGCUACUUUGGUGGAGCUAAGGUGUAUUCGCUCUCUACUGCCUCGUAUUUUAAGAGUCAGAAGCAUGCAAAGGAGCACAUCGAUCGACUGGAGCUUGGUGCACGAGUGUUAUUUGAAGAGCAUGAUCCGGCGGGUACAGGCGAAAUUUCAAAGGAAGCGUGCCUCUCCAUAAUGCAAAAGUUGUAUGAAAUCUCCGGAGAUACGUCGGACUUUGCGUACGAGGCCAGCGUUGAAGCCAUCAAAGACCCUAGCUUUGAAGGACCAGUUACAUGGCGAAUGUUUUGGAUUUGGGUGAGCACGGAGGCUGCGAGGUCACUGAAAAGCCUCGAGCAUCAGGAAUUAAAGCCACUUCACAAUGGUGAGGGUGAACGAAAGCGUGAUAAAGUGAUACGAAAACUUCGGGAGGCAAAGCAAAGGCAUCACGAGAAGCACCACCCAGAUGAAAGUGAACGUGACAGUACCAGUUCGAAUGGAGUGGAUUUCGAAGAAGUCGAAAGAGAUAUCCACGCUCGAGCUGCCUUUACCCCCGUUCUCCCCGGUGAGGAUGACGAUCUUGAUGAAGUGAAGGCAACAGUCGAGGCUCUUGUUCACUAUAAUUAUUUGACUGCUGGACAAGCUUUUUCGCUAUAUUCACAGCUCGAUUCGAACGACCCUGUCGAGCAAGUGUCAGCUCGCGAAAUCAUUGCUGCCCUGCAAUCAGAGCAUGAAAAUGCAGAGCCUGAAGUUGAAAGUCCAGACGAUUUCGAGCUAUUUCCCCUUGCGAAGACUGAGAUUAAGGCCGAGAAAAAGAAGGCAGCAGCAGUUUUGAUUGCAACUAAUUCGAAGGGUAAGCAGAUUAUGACAUCGCAGACGGCAACGGUGUCAAUGCUGCCACCACUUGCCCCAUCUUCUGAGCAGAAGAAGAAGAGUUCGAAACCUCCUCAAGUUGAUCCACGCCUCGAUGUUAUGUGCUCCUUAAUGUCGACCGAUGGGCUGAAGCGGUUCCUCGAGACGCAGUACAUCAUCCCAGAAGAUGAGACGAUGGCACGCCACGAAGACCUCCACUGCCUAGCACUCGCUUCAGCAGUUCCACCCGCUUCGUCGAGCACGAACGGAGUCGAGAAGAGGUUGAAGUGAAAAUUUACAUGGCAAGUAGCCGGAAACACGUAUGUUUAUUAAUCAAUUGUUACAACUGUCCUUGUGUUGGCGGAGUGAUCUCCCACACCUCGAUAUCUGAUGCAACGAAAUGUGGAUGAUACUCGGUCGAAUCGAUCUCACGUAGCGAAAACUUCCUUGCCUCCAUAAGCUCCCAAA